GCGGGCAUGGAAGUACACGAGGUACCCAUAGGGUCAAUGACCUGGAACAGUUGUAGGUUAGGAAAGGUCUGCAGUCGAAGAGCGUUGCAGACGUGGUAAGGAUGCUUGGGGCGGCAAAAUACGAGGACGAGAUGUUGGGGAGGGCCGUGGUGGGGAGAAUGAACGGGUUCUUCUUUGUCCAAGAACAGAGAUGGAGGAAAGGGGAGGGUGGUAGAAUUGUCGGAAGGUGGGUAACAGACGACAAUAAAACAAGGGGAAAUAUAGGAGGUGAAGACGGGGGGGAUGAAGUCAGGGGUGGUGAAGUAGCUGAAGCAGAGACAAGGGGGGCAGUCGUAGGUGAGACCCAAAGAGGGGACUCUUCAGGUGGUAAUGCAGGCAUGGUCGCGGAUGCCAUGGAGGAACGCACCAAGACCAAGGGCGACAAAGAAGCUGCCGUGGUCACGGAUGCCAUGGAGGAACACGCCGAGACCAAGGGCGACACAACAGCUGCAGUGGCACCGGAUGCCAUGGAGGAACACACCGAGACCAAGGGCGACACAGCAGUUGCGGGUCGAGUUGCUCCCGCGGAAUCAAUCGUAGAAGCAACCAAGGCCGGUGAGGAAGAGGCUGCGAACCGAAAAGGGGCAGCCAGGGUCACAAACAUCAUGGAAGGGGUUACUAAGACUGAUGAGGACGCAGGUGCGGUAGACGCAGGUAAUGAAGAAGAGGUUGUGAUAGGUGUGACAGGCGCCGAUAAUGAAGAAGGGGUUGUGACAGGCGUAGUCCGAGGACAGUGUGUGGAUACCUGAGAAAGCGGGUGACGAAUAGACCAUCGAAGCAUGUUGCGGAACU